AUGAGUGAAAUAACAUUUGUAACAGGGAAUGCCAACAAGUUAAAGGAGGUAAUUGCCAUCCUUGCUAGUGAAAAUGGUAAGGUUGGAAAAUAUACCAUCACUAAUAAAUCAUUAGAUUUAGAUGAAGUUCAAGGAUCCAUUGAAGAAAUUUCGAUUCAUAAAGCUAAAGAAGCUGCCAAAAUUAUUGGUGGACCCGUAUUAGUGGAAGAUACUUGUUUAGGAUAUGAUGCAUUUAAUAAUUUACCAGGUCCAUAUAUUAAAUGGUUUGUUAAAGCAGUGGGAUUAACUGGAUUGGUUGAUAUGUUAUAUAAAUUUGAAGAUAAAGGUGCAAAGGCCAUCUGUACUUUUGGAUAUUGUGAAGGUCCAGGUCAUGAAGUUAAAUUAUUCCAAGGUAUAACUCAAGGAAAUAUUGUUGAUAGUCGUGGACCAACCCACUUUGGAUGGGAUUCAAUCUUUGAACCAGUUGGAUUUAACCAAACUUAUGCUGAAUUAGAUAAAGAUAUUAAGAAUACUAUAUCUCAUCGAUUCAAAGCUUUAGAUAAAGUUAGAGAUUAUUUAUUAAACAAUUAG